AUGGUAGCCGAGUUCCUCACCAUCCGCAACAACACAAACAACCCCAUUAUCCUGAAGCGUAUUGAGCGCUUCGCAGCACCAGAGCAACGCAGAAGCGAUGAUAUCACCACCUUCGCAAGGAAUUUUACUCGGGUUCUCACCAACCAGACCCGUGCAAAUGCCACUGUCCUCGCCAUUACCGAUCAAACACAGCCAUUCGAGGAGCUGAAAGGACUCGAUAUUCGCGUGGAGCCCUUCACAACCAAGAAGACCGAGCGACGAGCCUUCAAAAACUCCGACAAGGAACGUAUGCGUCUUACCUUUGAAGUCGAUGGCGAACGACACCAGAUUCAAACACCUGUCCCAACCACUGAGUCGGCGACUAUGAAGGCACUGGCCGAGCACCCAAAAUUUCAGUUGACUGGAAUCUACAUCACCCCAGAGUCUUAUUUGACUGUUUUCUCUUCUGCGAACCUCAAUGCAUGGAUGCACGAGCUUCGAGACGAUACCUUACUCUCUGCGCUCUCGAUUCCGGGGACCCACAAUUCCCCAACAUGUCAUGUCGCGCCGCCUUCUGUACGCUGCCAGGCCGUUAGUCCACGCGAGCAACUGAAAAACGGAGUGCGAUUCUUCGAUAUCCGCGUUCAACCUCAGUACCCGGAUAACCCAUCUAAGGAUGAACUAAUCCUUGUGCAUAGCGUGUUCCCCAUUUCACUGACUGGCAACAAGUACUUCCGUGACUUGAUGAAGGAGGUCAAUGAUUUCCUCGAGCAUAACCCCUCGGAGACCUUGAUCAUCUCUCUUAAGCGGGAGGGGCCCGGAAACGCAAAAGACGAGCAGCUUGCUCAGAUCCUACACCAGCACUAUGCGCGUGAAGGUAGUCGCUGGUGGGUCCGUCCUAAGAUCCCAACACUGGGUGAAGCCCGGGGUAAGGUGGUUCUCGUUCGUCGCUUUAACCUGAACGAGGAACUGAAGAAAGAGCAUGGAGGAAAUGGGUGGGGUAUUGAUGCAGCUGCUUGGGCUGAUAAUACGCCCAAUGCCACAUGUCCCAGUGGGCAACUGUGUAUUCAGGAUUUCUAUGAAGUCCAGGAAAGUACCAACAUUGAGAAGAAGAUCAAGUUUGUCAAGGAGCAGAUUGAUCGUGCGUCGCAUUGCCACUAUCCGUUUGGUGUGCUGCCCAAUGCGCAAGAGGCGCGUAAAUACCCCUUCUUCAUCAACUUUCUCAGUGCGAGCAACUUUUGGAAGACGGAUACUUGGCCUGAGAAAAUCGCUGCGAAGGUUAACCCUGCUGCUGUCGACUAUAUCUGUCGUCGUCAUAAGAAUGAUGACGGAGAUUGUUCGACUGGUAUCUUAGUGACUGACUGGGUUGGUCUUGAUGGAGACUGGGAUCUGGUGCGCUGUAUUGUUGGCAUGAAUGCUAAACUGCGUAUGAGACAAAAUUAG